AGCAAACUGACCGAGCUGAAUCUCCGAAGUGGGCUCCGCCGCUGACCUUCAACGACCGAGAUAUCAAAGCUACUGACUCGGUCGUGGCUGAAAAAGAUCACCAAUUGGCUUUUAAUCUGGCCAAAAGUGUGUGCCUCCCCAAGGACAUGGAGCACCACUUAAAGCAAUUGAACACCGAAAUGAAGUCAAUUCGGUCUGCAUCCAAGUCCAUGAUUUUGGCCUUACAGAAGAACAACAUCACUUACAAGAAAGUCCAAGAACUCCGAAAAACCACAAGGCAAGCAAUGGCGGAAGCCGAGGCAAAGGCGGCCGAACUAGAGGAGGCCGAAAGGAAAAUGACCGAGCUUCAAGCAGAGAACGGUCGACUUGCCGAUCUGGUUAGCUCGGCUGAAGCGGAGAGGCAGAAAGCGGCCAUCGCUAUGAAAGACAAAUAUCUGCAGGAGUUGGUGAAGCUUGAGAAGAGAAAAGACACCGAAAUAAGCGAACUAAAAAAGAGCGUGGAGGCGGCCGAAAAUGAGGGGUACAAGCGAGGUUACAAGGAGGCAGAAGAUGCCUAUGUCAAACAAUGCGACGCCGCGAAGGAGCUGUUCUUUAAGUGCGACGCCUUGCAACAAGAGUUUUUGGAGGACUCAGACUCUGACGACUCCUCUGCUCCCGAAGACAUUUCGGUUGUGAGUGCAGACCCGUCACUUCGGUUGGAGCCCAUGGUGGAUGACCUACCUAUCGAACAGCCAAAUGAAACCGUGGUUCCAACCGAAACCAACCCGGCGACCGAGCGUGAUCUUCCCCUUGAAACCGGUUUUCAAGUUGAUGGUGAUGCGGCCUUUGACGCCGAAAUACAAGAGCUCUUUUCUUGA